AUGGCUGGAGAAACUUACUUGCGGGAUCCAAAGCCACUUCCAAACACUUCUAUGCCAGGCACGUUUGAAGAAAAGGAAGAUGAAAAGUGCGACACGGAAACCGGGAGUGGUGUGACGGCCUCCGUGGGGGUUUUGUGCCACCCACAGCAGAGCGAGGAAGCAGCCCACAUGGUCACGCUGGCAGAGGAAGCAUUCUGCAUGCAGGAGAUGCCGCUCUGUCCCGGGGCUGGGCUGCCGGCGGUGACCCCGAAGCUGCGGCAGCUGCAGCUGCCCGGCUGGCUGGCAGCCACGGAAGGCGAGCCACAGAUGCAGCACUCACAGCGAUGCAGCCCCGCCAGUGAGAACGGCUCGGUCUACCUUUGCCCCAAGGCCUGGGUCCAGCCGACCUUCACGCUCGCCGCCAAGGCUCGGGUUGUCAUCACCGGCUGCCUCUUUGUGGUGGCCGCGUGCAACAACUCUGCCGUCUUCUACAGCGUCUCGAGGAAGAGACAGAAGUCUCACGUGCAGCGGCUCAUCCGGAACCUGGCAGCGGCGGACUUGCUGGUGACCGUGACGGUCAUGCCGCUGGACGCCGCGUGGAACGUCACGGUCCAGUGGUACGCCGGAGACGCGCUUUGCAGGUUCCUGAACUUCCUCAAGCUCUUUGCCAUGUACUCGGCCGCGCUGGUGCUUGUGGUGAUCAGCUUGGACCGGCAUGCCGCGAUCGUCCACCCGCUUUCUUUUGCCAGUUCCAGCCGCCGGAAUCGCAUGAUGCUUUGCAUCGCGUGGACACUCAGCCUCUUGCUGGCCUCUCCCCAGCUCUUCCUCUUCCACCUGCACACCAUCCCAGGGGUCAAUUUCACUCAGUGUGUGACGCACGGAAGUUUCAAGGAGCACUGGCAGGAGACCACCUACAACAUGUUCACCUUCGCCAGCCUCUACGUCACCCCACUGUGUGUAAUGAUCAUUUGCUACACCCGCAUCUUAGCGGAGAUUAGCAAGCAACUGAAAAUUAACCAAGGCCUGGCCAGGGGGAAGGACGACCACAUCUCCAAGGCUCGCAUGAAGACGCUCAAGAUGACGAUCGUCAUAGUGGCAUCUUUCAUCAUUUGCUGGACCCCUUAUUACCUCCUGGGUUUGUGGUACUGGUUCCAGCCGGACAUGAUCCAUAAGAUGCCGGAAUACAUCGGCCACUUCCUGUUCCUCUUUGGCUUGCUGCACACCUGCACGGACCCCAUCAUCUACGGGCUCUACACACCAUCGUUCCGCGAGGACAUGAGGCUCUGCCUUGGCACGUUGAAAUUAACUCUGACGCACACGGAAAAGGCCCUCGGGUCUGUCUCGGAGAUGAACAAUAAAGACUCUCGGGAUCGUGGCCAGGCACCGUCAAGUGCUUCCAGUGGCGCAGCACUCACUGUAUUAUAG